GCCGCGACGCGUGUUUGGCGCGCCCCGGGAUCUGGCUUCUGGAUCAGAGGGAAGAUGUCCGCGGCCGACAAGGCCCGGGCGGGACCCGUCGCCGACGGGCCUGCGCCGCCGGGGGAGGAGGAGAGCGAGAGUGGCGGGGAGACAGGCGGGAAGGAGCCGGGGCCCGACGCUGUCCCCGGGCCCAGCGCCGCGUUCCGCCUCAUGGUGACUCGGCGGGAGCCGGCUGUGAAGCUGCAGUACGCGGUGAGCGGCCUGGAGCCGCUGGCCUGGUCUGAGGAUCACCGCGUGUCAGUGUCCACGGUCCGCAGCAUCGCUGUGCUUGAGCUCAUCUGCGACGUGCACAACCCCGGCCAGGACUUGGUCAUCCACCGCACAUCGGUGCCUGCCCCUCUUAACAGCUGCCUCCUCAAAGUUGGCUCAAAAAAAGAAGUUGCUGAGUGUAAAGAGAAAUUUGCCACCUCUAAAGACCCCACAGUUAGUCAAACUUUCAUGUUGGAUAGAGUGUUCAAUCCUGAAGGGAAGGCUUUGCCACCAAUGAGAGGAUUCAAAUAUACUAGCUGGUCCCCCAUGGGUUGUGAUGCUAAUGGCAGGUGCCUGUUGGCAGCAUUGACCAUGGACAAUCGCCUGACCAUCCAGGCUAACCUCAACAGACUACAGUGGGUACAGUUGGUUGAUCUGACUGAGAUUUAUGGAGAACAUCUUUAUGAGACCAGUUACAGACUCUCUAAAAAUGAAGCCCCAGAAGGAAAUCUUGGGGACUUUACUGAGUUUCAGAGGAGACACAGCAUGCAGACACCAGUCAGAAUGGAGUGGUCAGGCAUCUGUACCACACAGCAGGUCAAGCAUAACAACGAAUGCCGCGAUGUUGGUAGUGUGCUCCUGGCAGUCCUCUUUGAAAAUGGUAAUAUUGCUGUAUGGCAAUUUCAGCUACCGUUUGUAGGAAAGGAAUCCAUCUCUUCAUGUAACACAAUUGAGUCAGGAAUCAACUCUCCUAGUGUUUUGUUUUGGUGGGAAUAUGAGCAUAAUAAUCGGAAAAUGAGUGGCCUUAUAGUGGGGAGUGCUUUUGGACCUGUAAAAAUUCUUCCUGUCAACCUCAAAGCAGUUAAAGGCUACUUCACUUUAAGGCAGCCUGUUGUUUUGUGGAAAGAAAUGGACCAGUUACCUGUGCAUAGCAUUAAGUGUGUACCACUGUAUCAUCCUUACCAGAAGUGUAGUUGUAGCUUAGUGGUAGCUGCAAGAGGAUCCUAUGUGUUUUGGUGUCUUCUUCUCAUCUCCAAAGCAGGUCUGAAUGUUCACAAUUCCCAUGUCACAGGCCUUCACUCACUGCCAAUUGUGUCCAUGACUGCAGACAAACAGAAUGGAACAGUAUAUACGUGUUCCAGUGAUGGGAAAGUGAGGCAGUUGAUUCCCAUUUUCACAGAUGUUGCAUUAAAGUUUGAACACCAGUUGAUUAAACUCUCAGAUGUGUUUGGCUCAGUGAGGACUCAUGGGAUAGCAGUGAGCCCCUGUGGUGCGUAUUUGGCUGUCAUUACAACUGAAGGUAUGGUCAAUGGCCUCCAUCCUGUUAACAAAAACUACCAGGUCCAAUUUGUUACUCUAAAAACCUUUGAAGAGGCAGCUGCUCAGCUUCUGGAAUCUUCAGUUCAAAAUCUCUUUAAGCAGGUAGACUUAAUAGACCUAAUACGCUGGAAAAUUUUAAAAGAUAAACAUAUCCCUCAGUUUUUACAGGAAGCUUUGGAAAAAAAGAUUGAAAGCAGUGGGGCCACCUAUUUUUGGCGUUUUAAACUUUUCCUCCUUAGGAUUUUAUAUCAGUCAAUGCAGAAAACCCCUUCAGAAGCCUUAUGGAAACCCACCCAUGAGGAUUCCAAAAUCUUACUAGUUGACUCACCUGGGAUGGGCAAUGAUGAGGAUGAACAGCAAGAAGAGGGCACUUCUUCCAAAAGAGUGAAUAAACAGAGCCUUCAGGAGAGGAGCAAAGAGGGUGAUUCAGAGGAGCCAGCUGAUGAUCUACUCACCCAGUCUGGAGAUGUUGGAGGCCGUGAGCCAAUGGAAGAAAAACUCCUUGAAAUCCAAGGGAAAAUUGAAGCUGUGGAGAUGCAUUUGACUAGGGAACACAUGAAGCGAGUCUUAGGAGAAGUUUACCUACACACCUGGAUCACAGAAAACACUAGCAUCCCUACCAGAGGACUGUGUAACUUUUUAAUGUCUGAUGAAGAGUAUGAUGACAGAACAGCACGGGUGCUGAUUGGACAUAUCUCAAAGAAGAUGAACAAACAAACUUUCCCUGAGCACUGUAGUCUGUGUAAAGAAAUCUUGCCAUUCACAGAUCGCAAACAGGCGGUCUGUUCCAAUGGUCACAUUUGGCUCCGGUGUUUUUUAACCUACCAGUCCUGCCAGAGUUUGAUAUACAGAAGGUGUUUGCUCCAUGAUAGCAUUGCCCGACAUCCAGCACCAGAAGAUCCUGACUGGAUUAAGAGGUUACUGCAAAGCCCCUGUCCUUUCUGUGAUUCUCCUGUCUUCUAAAUGUCACUGGUGGGAAGAUGGAAAGAGCAUGUACUCUGCUGUUGAAAACAGUCUGUAGACUGAAGAGAAAGGAUGCUCUGGAGUAAGCCUGGGCCUCAUCUUUGGAGAGGCACUCUGUAAUUGUAAAUAGGACCCUGGGAACUCGUUUCUGAAGUGCAUUCUCUAUCUCCAGGGACUAAAGGAUAUCUUUAAAAAUGACUGAAUGCAGAGAUUUUAAUUUGUUUUGAGAUGAACAUUAGCAACCCUUGACCACUCCUUACCCAUUGAGGUACAUUUGUUUUUCAAGUAUCUUGACUGAAGCAGUUUGAACAAAAAGAACAUCCCAUCAUUUCUAAAAACAGAAUGGUCUCUUCUAAAGAGAAUUUGGUUAAGGUCCUUGCUGGGCUGGGUUAGGUUUUAAUCCCUGCCUUGGUCUGGAAUAACCUUGUUGCCCCAGGGAACUUAAGUUGCCUGGUAUGUGGCAGUCAGUGUACCAACAGAUAUUAAAAGUGUCUAAAACAAUGUGUGAGUCUCAUUUUUCUCAGUAAAAAGUCACAGGAUCUGUAUCCUAUUGAUUCUUGUUUUUCAUGCAUAUUGAAAACAUUUUCCUAAAUCUCAAUGUUUUUAAGAAGUUGAAGCCAAGAAUAAAAUUGGUUUUAAUGUGUCAAAUGAUCAGAUAACUAUUAUAAGUUAAUAAUUUUAAGUGACUUAUUUUAAUUAUCUUCCAUAUCAUCAGAUUUCCUGACCCAACUCCUUAAUAUGGAUAAGGAGGUCAAGUAUUUCAAUUUAUCCAUGUCAUAUUUCUGCUUAAAAACUUGUAUUUUUUAAUCUUGACACUUCCAGACAUGUUUCAUUCAAUAUUCAUUGUAGGAGUGUACACAGAUCCUGUCUAGAGACUUCCAGAGAGAGAUGGGCAGCUGAGAAGUGAACCCUUGAGCUCUGAUGCUACAAAUUUAUGCAGCUCAGUUGAACAGAGCCUGGGAAUUUCUUCCAUCUACAGAGGUCCUUGAUGUUGGUAAUAUAGGUGUUUUUCUGUGGGCUAUUAAGAUGUCAAAAUUAAUUGCUCUUAAUCAGAACUAAAGUAGGCAUUUUGGAAUUAGUGUUCUUGGAUUUUUUUUAAGUGCUCUAUGAAUUGGUGCUAAUCAUCUUGAAAUUGGUGCAUGCAUCUUGAAUGGUGCAUAUUUCUGGGAAAGUUGGAUGGGAAUUAUAAAAUGUGAAAUUCUUAAUUCAUAUUUUAUGCUAUUCAUCUAUGUUGCCUUAUUUUAACAUGAUUUCCUGCUUUUAUGUUGUGUCCUUAAUGAAAGAUACUUUGUCUUCACUUUAGAAAUAACACCUUGAUAGUUAGAUACCAUUGUUACAGGUCUCAUCCCCAACUUGUAUUCUUCCCACUUCUGUUAAGAUGUGGUACAAAUAAGAGCCCUUAAGAGGCACUUCCAAACAAUCUGCUUUGGAAUGUGUUUUGUAUUCUAUUUUAAUUUUUAUUUUGGUACUUAUAUAUUUUCGGAAUUAUUCUUUGUUUCUCAUUCUGGUGGUAAUUAUGAGAGUAAUGUUUAUUGCAGAUUUUAGGGUCCAUUGUAUUAAAUUGAUUUUUCAACAGAACCAAGCAACAUUGAAAUCAUAAAUAAAACAACUCAGAAGGUAAUAUAGUUGAAGUUGUCUGUGCCUGUAGCUGUUUCACUUGAUAGUAAAUGUGAAAAUAAAAACAGAUCAUGUCAAGGGACUACUGUAAUUUUAAUAAUCAUGGCAUGCUUAGUUUAUUUUUUGUUUCUAAUUAUAGUUAGUAGGUGAUUUGUUCUUAUUGGGAAAUUCUGUGCUGCUGACAUCUAAAACUUACAUUAAGGUUUUAUUUGAAGCUGUUGUGCAAUUUUGGCAAAGUUUAACUAGUUAACUGAAAAUGAUCUCUUGAAUUAUUUUGUUUAUAGGAAAAAACCUGGCAGCUAGUUUACUAAUUUGUAUAGGAGUGGUGUACUAGAACAUUAGUUUUCUUCACAGGGGCUUGGCCCAGUGGUAUUCUUAACACUUUGAACUCCAGUCAAUACUUGCCCAAAUUUCUGCAUACCCAGUUGAGAGGCCUUCCUUCCUGUCCUUCCCAAUUCAUGGAGGUUAAUCCAUUGAACUGUGAGGACGAGAGAGCAUUUUGAGUUAGUGGCAACAUCACAAACACAGUGUGCUUCUGAAUUUCUCUUAAGGAUCAGUGUACUAGACGUACAAGGGACAGGUUGAAACCUUAGAAAAGUGUGAGUCACAGCAGGAAUCUUUAGACUAAUUGUGUCUAGUUUACACUGUCAUAUCCUCUAAACCUUCAUAAAAGUAUUUAGUGAAUUUCAAGUUUAUGUUAGCUGUCACUAAUAACUUUCAGCAAUGGAAGAAAUAGAAGUGAUGUUGCUGCACUAUAUUUAAAUUGCAGGAGCAAAGAUUCCAUAAGAUUAGACAUUUUAAGCUACAAUACUGUUGCAUUUUGGAGUCUGAUAUCUACAUAUGUGUCACAUUUUCUCUGCCUAGGGUUAAUUUGUCCCUAUUAUGCUAGAUAAGAAGUUGAUAGCUUGUUAUGCUCAGUAUUCAUUCUGAAAUUGUCCACUACCCAGACUUCAAGUCAUCUUUACCUAUAUUUUAUCUGCCAAAACACCCAAUUAUUUUUCAAUGUCAAAAGUUAUUAGAACCACUGGUAAAGCUUGUUCUUGAGUGUGGCAUUUUUCUCCUUCUCCCUUUACGAAGUUUUUAAGACAGUUAAUGUUACAGCAUGUGGGUUGGACCUAUUAGCUAGUUUAACAGGUUAAUUAGGUAAAAACAGUGUUUUCAAAGGUAAUGAUUAAGUAUAAGAAUAUAUUCUUUUGUAAUUAUAAUAGCAUCAAAUAAGACAAAAAAAAAAAAAAAGAAAAAGAAAGAAAGAAAGAAAUUGAUGCUUAUUGGUGCUUAUUAAGAGGAAUCCAGUGCUGGUUUUAUGGAGCACCUGUUCCCAUUGCAGUGGCUAAAAUGCUGCAGCGUGUGGUGAAAAUGCUGCAAUUCCUGGAGUGGAACCAGGAAUUAGUGCCACUGAUUGAUUUCCACAGGAUCUGUCCAUUCUUUCUGCUCCUGACCUCUGUCUCUUGCUUUUCCUUCCCAAAGAGGCCCUCUUGGUUUUUAUUUCUUUAUAUCUGUUCAGAACUUAAUGUAUUUCAUGUUUGAAAGAAAAAUAGAUUAAUGAUGGCAUUUCUAAAAGCUAAAUCAUGUAAUGAGUCUCCCUUCUUAGAAGGAACUAUUUAACAGUAAUAUUUAUUUUCAAAGGUUGUUAACAGUUUGGUAAAUUGUAUCUGGUUUCCUUCAGAAUCCUUAACUAUAGUUUCUUUGCCGGAAUAUUAAGUAACUCUGGUUGGUUGGACUUCAAUCUAGGGGAAUGAGAAAUUUUAGCUCUUUGCCAUUAUCCACCCCCAUUCCCCAAGCCAGUUUUGUUCUUGACAAGCAAAAAUUGGGGUUAAAACUAAACUGAAUGCGUUAUAUUCAAAGUCAGUGAGCCUAAAUUAUUUUUAAGGGAGAAGUAUGUUCUCCCCUUUCUCCUUUUUAGAGAUUGGGCAACACAAACAGCAAUUAGUCAGGUAUAUAAAUAAAUCUCUUUACAGUUAGCCUCUUGGGUACUGUUUUGAGUCUCUGAAUGGCUUCCUUGAUUCAUUAUGAAUGUGUCUUUGUACUCUUACUUUGCUCUCUGAUGAGUUGAUGGAAUUUAUCAGUUCAGUGAGACUGGGAAAUAUCUCAAGAAUCUAACCUUUCCCCUCAAGGUUGUCAGAUUGAAAAAGCCUGUGAAGGAUCUAACUGAAGUGAAUUGUUUUCAUUUUGGCUAUUAGUGAAAGUAUCAACUGACAGCCUCAAGCUGAGUUGUUAGACUAUGGCUUAAGGCUCUUACAGUUUCUAAACUUUGAACUGAUCUUCAAAGAGGUUUUUGAAGUUUAAGAUCUGCUUCAUGUCGGCUAACAUAUCUGCCAUUCAACCUAAAUAUAGCAAUGUGAUACUUGACUGUCCUUAAACUGAAUUAAGCCAUCACUAUCCUGAUGAAGUUUUUCAUCAGUGGAGUUUCAUCCAGUGGAGUUUUUCAGAAGAUUGUGAACUUGUUUCCAUUGUACAGAUAUAAAUCAAUAUCAGGACUUGUCAGCUGUGCUGUCUCUGAUAAAUAGGAUGCCACCUUCUGUCAUUCAUAUGUAUAUAUAUAUAGUUUGUUUUAAGAUAGUGCUGUCUGAAAAUUUUCCGUGGAAAUCAAUAGAAAUUUAAUAGGGUAAUGACUAUAAAGGUGUCCUUUUAAAGAGGUUAAUCCUUUUGGUAUUUGAAUAUUCUCCCUCUACCCCUUUAUCUGAUUAGGUGGUUCAGCUUUUCUUAUCUUGUAUUUUCUUUGAGUUAUAACUAUAUUCUAGGGGAGAGACCUAAUAUAAAACGUGGGGUCCUAGUCAGUGAGUUUAUUUAGAGCAAUAUUAUAUGGUUUACCAACAUAUCUUAAGAAUAUGCCUCAUCCCAGGCAUGAGGGGAAUCGGAAAAAGGAAAAGAUGAUGCUCUCAUUCUGAAAUAGUAAAAGUGUAGGCUAUCUAGUCGAAAUAUUGUAAAUGGGUUGGGUAGAAUUGAAUCUCUGAACUCUAAAUCUAAGGAAAAAGUUGCUGACCUCAUCAUCAUGAAAUCUGGUUACUGUCAUAAAGGUCAAAUUGGACAAUGUAAGAGUUAGUGGUGGCUUUGAGGCAUUUCAUACUUUACCAGUUUUACGUUUGGCUAACAAACUGGUAGGAUUUAGAGUAUUUUUGUUCUUUUUGGUUGGUUGGUUUUGUUUUGUUUUGUUUUGUUUUGGUACUAAACAAAAUUAAACGCAAAAUGUCCUAAGGAUUAUGUUUUUUUCACGAUUUGUACUUUAAUGUAUGAGAGGAAAGUGAAUAUCAAACUUGUUUAUACAGACGUAAGACUAUAUAAAUAAAUCUGUGUUGUGUGUAGUGAUAUAUAUUUUAUGUUUAUGCAAUGCCUGUGCUAAUCUUUGUGCUGAGCUUUGAAUUAUUUGUAUGUUUCAAUGUGUCUUUUUUUAAAAGAAAUGGAACAAGUGUCCAAAACUUAAGGUUAUGGAAAAUAGAUGUUUUAAAAUUCUUACUGUCUGAUUAGGGCCUGUGUUUAGACUUUAUUAUGGUUUAAAUAAAAAAUAUGUAAGAAUCAUCAUACAUUUUGCUUGAAAUACCCUCCAUCCUGAAGAAUUGGUUGUUUUUACCACUGUAUAUAUGUACAUAGUGUUCAUUAUUAGAUUGUAAGCUCCUCAAGGGCAGGGACUUGUCUGAGCUUUGUAGUUCCUGCAGCACCUAAUAUGAAGUGCCUUGCACAAAGUAGGUGCUCAUGAUGUAUGGAAAGAGUAAGUAAUUUCCUGCAUAGUUCACUUUUUGCAGUGUAUUCAACACUGCAGAGCCAGUUAAUGACUGGAAGAGGGCUGAAUUCUUUCUUGGAUUUGAACUGGUUGAACCAGACCAUGCCACAUCCUUAGCACUGUUUUGCCUUCUUUUUCUGAAGAUAGCAUACCAACCAAUAUCCUGAACUUUUAACUAAUAUUAGGGUAGAGAUUUCUGGAAAAAAUUUGUUGUGAGAAAGAUUGUAGAGAAAAUGAAAUGGGAAUUUUAGAAUGUUGUUUCUUUUGUUUGUUUGUCAGUAUACAGCCCUGUGGGGCAAUCUUAUUUUAGUCAUUACUGCAGAAAAGAGUAACGGUUCUGUUUCUUUACCAAUUAGUUGGUUGGCCAUGUAUCCAGUUAAUGAAAGACCACUGGUUUUAGAUUUUUCCCACCUUGGACUCCCCUCAGUUGCUGGUAUGAUUCUAGUACUUAGAGUCUAAUAAACUUGCUGUGAAUAUCUGGUGCUGUAUAUAAUAGCAGCUUUAUAAAUGUGAAAUAAUCUCAGAUAUGCUGUGUUUUGUAUUCAGAGCCACUAGUAUUGUUAUCUUUGCCACUUUUUUAUUCGAAAAUAAAUAAAAGAACAGAAUUAUUUGUA